AUGGCGCUCCGGGUCACCAGGAACACGAAAAUGAAUGCUGAAAAUAAGGCGAAGAUCAGUAUAGCAGGCGCAAAGCGCGUGCCUGUGGCCACCACUGCAACCUCCAAGGCCGGGCUGAGGCCCAGAACAGCCCUUGGCGACAUCGCUAACAAUGUCAGUGAACAGCCACAGGCUAAACUGCCUCUUAAAAAGGAGGCAAAAACAUUAGCUGCUGGAAAAAUUAUUGCUAAAAAACUACCAAAACCUGUGGAGAAGGCUCUGGAGCCUGCAUCUGUCCCUGCUCAUGCUCCUGUGCCUGUGCCUGUGCCUGUGCCUGUGCUGGAACGAGCACAGGAGCCUGAACCUGUUAAAGAAGAAAAACUUUCGCCUGAGCCUAUUUUGGUUGAUACUCCCUCUCCAAGCCCAAUGGAAACAUCUGGCUGUGCCCCUGCAGAAGAAUAUCUGUGUCAGGCUUUCUCUGAUGUAAUGCUUGCAGUGAAUGAUGUGGAUGCAGAAGAUGGAGCUGAUCCAAACCUUUGUAGUGAAUAUGUGAAAGAUAUCUAUACUUAUCUGAGACAAGUUGAGGAAGAGCAAGCAGUCAGACCAAAAUACCUACUGGGUCGUGAAGUCACUGGAAAUAUGAGAGCCAUCCUAAUUGAUUGGCUGGUUCAGGUUCAGAUGAAAUUCAGGUUACUGCAGGAGACCAUGUACAUGACUGUUUCCAUUAUUGACCGGUUCAUGCAGAAUAAUUGUGUGCCCAAGAAGAUGCUGCAGCUGGUUGGCGUCACUGCCAUGUUUAUUGCGAGCAAAUAUGAAGAAAUGUACCCUCCAGAAAUUGGUGACUUUGCCUUUGUGACUGACAACACUUACACUAAGCUACAAAUCAGACAAAUGGAAAUGAAGAUUCUGAGAGCUUUAAAUUUUUGCCUGGGUCGCCCUCUACCCCUGCAUUUCCUUCGGAGAGCAUCUAAGAUCGGAGAGGUUGAUGUGGAGCAACAUACCUUGGCCAAAUACCUGAUGGAACUCACUAUGUUAGACUAUGAUAUGGUGCAUUUUCCUCCUUCUCAGAUUGCAGCAGGAGCUUUUUGUUUAGCACUGAAAAUUCUCAAUAAUGGUGAAUGGACACCAGUUCUACAGCAUUACCUGUCAUACACUGAAGAAUCCCUUCUCCUUGUUAUGCAACACCUCGCUAAGAACAUAGUCAUGGUGAAUUGUGGGCUUACAAAGCAUAUGACUAUCAAGAACAAGUAUGCCACAUCUAAGCAUGCUAAGAUCAGCACUCUAGCACAGCUAAAUUCUGCACUAGUUAAAGAUUUAGCCAAGGCUGUGGCAAAGGUGUAA